GUUGCAGUUGUUUUUGUUGUUAUUUUUAUUCCAAAUGAUAUAAUGUGGCAAAAGAAGUAUAACAUUUGUAUAAAUUCUUAAGAUCCUGUUGUUUAGUUACAGUAAUACAAGCUCUAAUAGUUAUUUUUUCUUAUGAUAUUCCUGUUUGAUUAGAGCUAUUUAUUGUGACUUGGAUUAUAUGUUCUUGUGCUUUAUCUUUCUUUUAGUUUGACUGUUUUUGCCCACAGAGACUUCCAAAGAAACGUGUAUUUACAUUUCUAUGUCUCCGAAAGGGAGAGGAAGGGAGCUAGAGAGAUUUAGCAGACUAAAAAGACUUUUUCUUCUUUUAAAUGUUAUCUGUUGGUUUGAAUGGCUUCUGACUGACUUGGUCUGAAUUCAGCUCUUAUCUUUCUCUCCUCAGCUAGAUCAGAUCUCACUCAGAUUCCUCUUGUACCAGAGAGAAACCGACCAAACACACACACACACACACAGAGUUUCAUUCAUCUGCCAGUGUGAUGGGGGAAGGGGCUCCUGGGGGGCGGCAGACUCUUUUUGGGGUGAUUGUGCUGACACAGACAGACAUAGAGAGUGCAAACAAAGGGAGUACAGUUCUUUACAGUCAGUGAUCAGUCUGUUAUCAGUUAUAGAAAUGUAGCAGGUGAAGGGAACCUGUGUAUGUGCGUCAGGGGACCAAUCCAUUCCAGGAAGUCAGUGUGAAGGAUGGAAAUGAGGAGAGAGAGAGAGGGAGAGACGAGAGAAAGAGAGAGAGAAAACAGGAAGUCAUUAACUGGUGCACCUGUCUCAGGUAGCUCAUUCUUGGGUCGCUGCUUACGGUGACAAGACGACCAGGGAGUUAGUAAGAUAUUAGACAACAAGUGAGAGCAAAGCAGAGGGAUGGAUGUACAGAAUGAAGGGAAAACAGUUUGCAUUUCUCUAGCAGAGGCUGAGAAAUAUUACCGCUUUUCCAGACGUUGCCACUGGCUCCAAAAUGAGAUCAUGCAGAAGGAGUCUAGUCCUCUCUACGCUGCUGACAUCAUCACUGAGCUCAAGAGACAGUUUGCGUUCCUGUCUGGGGGAAGAGGACAGGACGGGAGCCCUAUUAUUAUCUUUCCAGAGUUCCCUUCGUUUUGUGAAAUUGGUGACCAGGAUUUUCGCAAUGUCCUUACGUACCUGACAAGUAUUCCCAGUCUGAGUGCAGCGGGUGUGGGCUUCAUCGUAGUGAUUGACCGGCGUAGAGAUCGAUGGACGUGUUUAAAGGGGACAUUACUGCGCAUCUCUGGCUGGUUUCCAGGUAAUCUUCGGCUUGUUCUGGUGCUGAGACCCAGUGCUAUCCUGCAGCGAACUCUGUCUGAUGUGUUCUUCAAACUUCACAAAGACGACUUUAAAGUGCCAGUUAUAAUGCUAAGCUCACUGGCCGAUCUGCACUCUUAUAUUGAGCGGAGUCAACUGACACAAGAGCUGGGUGGCUCUCAAUACUACUGUCACAAGACCUGGAUUUCUCAUCGCACAGAUCUUGAAAGCUUUGCUGCUUUAGUGAAGAGGAUGGCUGAGAGACUGCAAGUGUUCGGCAGGGAGCUGGCAGAAACGGAGCUCCCCAACAACCUCCUAACAGCCAGCAAUCUGCUCCAUGCACAAACCAGCAGAAAAGACGGUUUCAAGGAAGAGAUGGCAGGAGCUCUUAGCCAAGGACGCAAUCUCUUGGAGAACAUCAGGGAACCGGUCCGCAGAGAUCCGGACAGCAGUCUAAACCCUGAUCAACUGGAGAACCUUGCUACAGUGCACAGGCUGUUAUCCCAGUUAAACGAGAGCUCCACGGCGUUUGAUGAGUUCUGGAUUCAGCAUGAAAAUAAACUGAAUCAGUCUUUGAAACUCUGCCAGUUCGAGCACAACUUUCAACAGUUGCAAACGGAGCUGGAGCAGACGACAGAUGCACUGAAUUGUUUCUCAGACGUUGGAAUAAGCUCUUCCCAAACAGAACACCUCCUUCAAGAGCUGACCAAUCAUGAGAAGAAGGCCUGUGAAGUGCUUGACAGAGUAAGGUCUGUGGUUGCUGAGGGACAGCAUUUGAUUGACAGCUCUCAGAAUGUUGACAACACUGUUGCGGUGAAAUGCAGUGAGCUACAGAGAGUCAGGGAGAAUCUCAACCAAGAGCUCAAAGACAAGAGGACCAUGCUGACGCAGGCUAUGGAGCUACACAGAAGAUUGGAAAUGGUGUGUAAAUGGUGUGAUGAUGGGAUUUACAUGCUAGCGUCACAGCCUCUUGACAAGUGCCAGUCACAGGAGGGGGCGGAGUCAGCACUGUCAGAGCUGGAGUGUUACCUGGAGACAGCCAAUGAGAAACAGCAGUGGGAGAUCAGCACAGUUUGGCUGGAAUAUGAGAACAUACUGAACAAUGAGCUCAGGGAACAAGUAAAGCGUGCAUUUGAGAAGAAAGCCUCACUACAGGAGAUGUUUGAGAGGAGGAGGGUUAGUCUGAAGAAACUAGCAGCCAAACAAACACGACCAGUCCAACCUGUGGCCCCACGACCAGAGUCACUCUCAUCUCCUGCUCACAGGGAACAUGAGAACAUCUGUAUUAGUGAGGACUCAGACAGCAGGGUGUCUUGUAAACAAGUAAACUCUGAUCAAGUUGACAGGAGCAGUCGCAAUUCUUCUGUAUCUGAGGAGGAGGAAACCCUGGCUGUGCUGCGCAGACAUGUUAUGAACGAGCUACUGGAAACAGAAAGAGCAUAUGUGGAAGAGCUUAUGUGUGUUUUGCAGGGAUAUGCUGCGGAGAUGGACAACCCCUCCAUGGCUCCUCUCAUCCCUGCAGCCCUGCAGAACAAAAAGGAUGUGUUAUUUGGGAACAUGCAGGAAAUUUAUAAUUUCCACAAAAGAAUAUUCCUCAAAGAGCUGGAAACGUACACUGAUUGCCCUGAGCUUGUGGGACGCUGCUUUCUGGACUGGAUGGGGGAGCUGCAGAUUUAUGAGAAAUACUGUCACAACAAGCCUCGUUCUGAGAGCCUCUGGAGGCAGUGCUCAGACUGUGCCUUCUUCCAGGAGUGUCAGAAGAAACUUGAGCACAAACUCGGACUGGACUCAUACUUACUGAAGCCUGUUCAGAGGAUCACUAAAUAUCAACUCCUGCUGAAGGAGAUGAUUAAGUACAGUAAAGGCUGUGAGGGCUCAGUGGAGCUGCAGGCAGCUCUUUCGUCCAUACUGGGUAUUCUGAAGGCUGUAAAUGACUCAAUGCACCUCAUAGCCAUCACAGGAUAUGAGGGUAACCUUGGAGACCUGGGUCGCCUGCUGAUGCAGGGGUCAUUCAGUGUGUGGGCGGAGCAUAAGAGAGGUCACGUGAAGGUGAUGGAGCUUGCCAGGUUUAAGCCCAUGCAGAGACACCUGUUCCUGCACGAGAAAGCUCUGCUCUUCUGCAAGAGAAGAGAGGAGAGCGGUGAGGGAUACGAGAAAGCUCCCUCAUACAGCUUCAAACAGGAGCUCAGCAUGGCUGCUAUUGGAAUAACAGAGCAUGCUAAAGGGGACAGCAAGAAGUUUGAGAUCUGGUCCAGUUCAAGAGAUGAGGUCUACACAGUACAGGCCGUGUCUGAGGAGGUUAAGACCAUCUGGGUAACAGAAAUCCGGAAACUUCUAACAGGACAGCUAGAGGCCUGCAAAGAGGCAAGUCAACAGAGGGCACCUGAGCAGUUCUCCUCAGAUGGCAGCUCAACUAACAGACUGGUGAGAAAUGAACGUAGCAACCUCAGGAAUGGAGGAGUGGAGAAACCAAAGGCAGACGAGGAAAGAGACAAAGAACUUGAGAACAUUCUAGAGCCCAGAACAACAGGGAGAGCAAAGGGGUCUUCGUUCAGUUUUGAGACAAAACCAAAACGACAGGAUAUCCGGAGUGACCCUACACCUCUAGAAACAGGGCCACACCCUAACAUGGGCGGAGUCAGGUGGUUCAGUACAUCAAGCCUGUUUCAAAAUCGUAGGAGAGGUACACAUACUGAGUACACACGUUGGACUAAAGGAUCUCUCUCGCUGGAUGCCUCUGUGGAGCAUGAUGGAUACUUUAGUGCAGAGGAGCAGGUGACCUCUGACCCAGAAGAGGAGAAGGAAGAUAAAAUGUGUGCAGAUGAGCUGCAGUCUGCAAGGAUAGAGGAAGAAAUCCAGUGUCCUGAAGAGACGGAGGAUCCUGAGAAAUGAGAGUUGAGUGUGAAUGCGUGUGUAUUGCCAUCAGUGCACAGCAAAUGCAUAACUCCUGAAAAUAGGGACAUGACAAAUAUAUGAACCAUUAACUUUGAAGAUUUGCAUACUCUUAAAAAUAAAGCUUUCUGGUAGAGGUUUAGGAACAUGUGGAGAAAACUGUCCGUUAGGAUUCACUUUCAUCUCAAUGGCAGUGAUACAACAGGCUUUUUUGUCAGAAUAUGCAGCUGAUUUUAAACGAAAAUUUUUUAGAACCGAUCGUCUACCAGCAGGGGUCACACUAACCAGCCACAAAACAAAGAGUUAGUGCCAAAAAAGGUGCCCUUUUUAUUCUUUAAAUCUAUAAGAAACUAUUCACCAACUGGCAAACCUGUAAUGCAAUGGAAAAUUGAAAUGGACAGUGACUGUUGUUAAGUGAGUUUGUUGCAAGAAGCUUUAUUUUUAAGAGUGUGGCCUUAGAACGCACCAGUAUAAUGUGCUUUACAGAGACACCCAAGCCAGCUCUUUACACGCCGUGUCAUAGUAUGCUGUGAUUACAUGUUUCAUAUCCCUUAAAACUUAGUACUUAUUUCUGUCACGGUAAUGAUGUCUAUAUUGGGAUAUGGCAUGUCUAUUGUCAUUUCCUGUGAACUCCAGUGUGAAAGCAUGUGAUAUAUCAUUGUGUACUGUACAAUGCAGGAAACUAGGACCGACCUAUGUGUAAAACAAGCAUAUCAUAUAUGCAGAUGUUGUUUCUUAAAGUGACUGUGAUCACCCUGUGCCAUUUGUGUGUACAAUAUGUUUACAAAUCAAUAUUGUUUUAUAUAUAUAUAUACAUAUAAAAAUAAAACCAUAGUUGACUAAUGA